UUGGCUUUUGGUUUGUUGCUGCUACUGCUGCUCCUGCUAGAGUCAUUCAAUUUCGUCUGCUAAUACCCUUGACUGCACGUACAGUGGCUGGCUGCAGUGCCAGUAAAUCCUUGAUCCCAGAUAUCCGGCGUCUCACGUGCGCGCUUCCGCAGCUUACCGCUACUUUGGACUUGACGGCGUUGUCACGUUGCAACUUGACCAGCAGCAGCUGUGCGGCAUCAUGUUGCUGCGUGCCACUAUUAACAUUUUCACCAUUUUAUUGCUAUCCUCUCUGACGGGGCGUGGCAGCUGGGCAGCCGAGCUGCGUCGCGAUGAAACGUAUCCACCGCCGGAGCUGCUCAAGGAGUUGGCGCCCGUGCAUGACAGCUGCGUUGGAAAGACCGGAGUCACAGAAGCGGCAAUUAAGGAGUUCAGCGACGGCGAGGUGCACGAGGACGACAAGCUCAAAUGCUACAUGUACUGUGUGUUUGAUGAGACGGAUGUGCUGCACGAGGAUGGUGAGGUGCAUUUGGAGAAGCUGCUCGACCGUAUGCCCGACUCAAUGCACGACAUUGCGGUCAACAUGGGCAAGAAGUGUCUGUACCCCAAGGGCGAUACGAAAUGUGAGCGCGCCUUUUGGCUGCACCGCUGCUGGAAGCAGGCGGAUCCCAAGCAUUACUUUCUCAUCUGAGCGUUGACGAGCGCCGAGGGUCGAG